CGGCGCUAGGUGCGGCGGCUUCUUCCGAGGCGCCGGCGGCGACCGGGACGACCGAACCCGAAGCGGGGGACGAGGACCACCGCGAGGUCCGAGUGCUGCAGAGCCUGCGGGGCAAGAUCUGUGAAGCAAAAAAUUUAUUGCCAUAUCUUGGACCCAACAAAAUGCGAGAUUGUUUCUGUACUAUAAAUCUGGACCAGGAAGAAGUUUAUCGUACCCAAGUUGUUGAGAAAUCUUUAAGCCCAUUUUUCAGUGAAGAAUUUUACUUUGAGAUUCCAAGAACUUUCCAGUAUUUGUCUUUUUAUGUUUAUGAUAAGAAUGUUUUACAAAGAGAUCUUCGUAUAGGAAAAGUAGCCAUCAAAAAAGAAGACUUGUGUAACCAUAGUGGCAAGGAAACUUGGUUUUCACUACAGCCUGUUGAUUCCAAUUCAGAGGUUCAGGGUAAAGUUCACCUUGAAUUAAAACUGAAUGAACUGAUAACAGAGAAUGGAACUGUGUGCCAGCAACUUGUUGUACAUAUUAAGGCGUGUCAUGGAUUGCCUCUCAUCAACGGACAAAGCUGUGAUCCUUAUGCAACAGUUUCUCUAGUGGGUCCUUCCAGGAAUGACCAAAAGAAGACAAAAGUAAAGAAGAAAACAAGCAAUCCGCAGUUUAAUGAAAUCUUUUAUUUUGAGGUAACCAGAUCCAGUAGUUACACCAGAAAAUCCCAGUUCCAGGUAGAAGAGGAAGACAUUGAAAAGCUAGAGAUUAGGAUUGACUUAUGGAAUAACGGAAACUUGGUCCAAGAUGUUUUCCUUGGUGAGAUUAAGGUUCCUGUGAAUGUGUUAAGAAAUGAUUCUUCUCAUCAAGCCUGGUACUUGCUACAACCGAGAGACAAUGGAAACAAAUCAUCUAAAACUGAUGACCUGGGUUCUCUUCGAUUAAAUAUAUGUUACACGGAAGACUAUGUGCUUCCUUCAGAGUACUAUGGUUCUUUGAAAACUUUGCUGCUAAAAUCACCAGAUAUUCAGCCAAUAUCUUCUUCAGCUGCUUAUAUUUUGGGUGAAAUAUGUCGAGAUAAAAAUGAUGCUGUUUUACCCCUUGUACGACUAUUGCUGCACCAUGAUAAACUUGUUCCUUUUGUCACUGCAGUGGCUGAGUUGGAUUUGAAGGAUACACAAGAUGCAAACACAAUUUUUAGAGGAAAUUCCCUGGCUACCCGAUGUCUGGAUGAAAUGAUGAAAAUAGUGGGAGGGCACUACCUGAAAGUAACAUUAAAAUCUAUUCUAGAUGAGAUAUGUGAAUCCUCAAAAUCCUGUGAAAUAGACCCCAUUAGAUUGAAAGAGGGCGAUAAUGUAGAAAAUAAUAAGGAGAAUCUGCGUUACUAUGUGGACAAGUUAUUUAGUACCAUUGUGAAAUCAAGUAUGAGCUGCCCCACUGUAAUGUGUGAUAUCUUUUAUUCUCUGAGGCAAAUGGCUACUCAGAGAUUUCCUAAUGACCCUCAUGUUCAGUAUUCUGCAGUGAGCAGCUUUGUAUUUCUCCGUUUCUUUGCUGUAGCCGUAGUAUCACCUCACACUUUUCAUUUGCGACCUCAUCAUCCAGAUGCACAGACAAUUAGGACAUUAACUCUCAUCUCAAAAACCAUUCAAACUUUGGGAAGCUGGGGCAGUCUGUCUAAAAGCAAGUCAAGUUUCAAAGAGACGUUCAUGUGUGAAUUUUUCAAAAUGUUUCAAGAGGAAGGAUAUAUUACAGCAGUUAAAAAGUUCUUGGAUGAAAUUUCAUCUACAGAAACGAAAGAGUCCAGUGGUACGAGUGAGCCUGUGCAUCUGAAAGAAGGUGAGAUGUAUAAAAGAGCUCAGGGAAGAACCCGGAUUGGAAAAAAGAAUUUCAAGAAGCGGUGGUUCUGCUUGACAAGCAGAGAGCUCACCUACCACAAGCAGCCAGGCAAAGAUGCAAUUUACACGAUUCCAGUAAAAAACAUUCUUGCUGUGGAAAAACUGGAAGAGAGCUCUUUCAAUAAGAAAAAUAUGUUCCAAGUAAUACAUACGGAGAAACCACUCUAUGUCCAAGCAAAUAAUUGUGUGGAAGCUAAUGAAUGGAUAGACGUGCUCUGCAGGGUGAGCAGGUGCAAUCAGAACAGGCUCAGUUCUUUCCAUCCUUCUGCGUAUCUCAACGGAAACUGGCUGUGCUGUCAGGAGACCAGUGAAAAUACACCAGGAUGCAAGCCAUGCACUGCAGGUGUCCCUGCAGACAUUCAAAUAGAUAUUGAUGAAGACAGAGAAACAGAAAGAAUUUAUUCCCUUUUUACCCUCAGUUUACCUAAGCUACAGAAAAUGGAAGAGGCUUGUGGAACUAUAGCAGUCUAUCAAGGACCGCAGAAGGAGCCUGAUGAUUAUUCUAACUUUGUCAUUGAGGACUCUGUUACAACCUUUAAGACAAUUCAGCAGAUAAAAAGCGUUAUAGAGAAGCUGGAUGAACCUCAUGAAAAAUACAGGAAGAAAAGAUCAAGUAAUGCAAAAUACGGGAGCAAGGAAAAUCCAAUUGUUGGGAAAACAUCGUAGAAUAUGACCAACUGAUGGAGAACUGGAAAUUUUUUUUCUUGGAGUUUUUCAAUUCAUCAUGUUUUGUUCAUAGUAUUUAAGAAUGAACAGUGGCUUUGAUGUUACCUGUAUUCACAUUGUAUUUAAUAUUUAAUGAUUGAAGUUAGCUCUUUGGGAAUCCUGGUAUUUGAUGUGUUUAUUACUAGAGAAUUUACACCCACGGUUUUCUUCAUAUCUGUGUCCAAAUUGAUGUUUCUGCAAUCUCUUUUUAAUAGAAAGAACGUUCCUAAAGAAGCUUUGUAACUUCUCCAGAGCAAGAACCACCUCUGCUCGUAACUGUUCUGUGGACUUGUUUUCACUACCAUUAGUGCCUGCUUUAUACUGCCAACGUUGUUUCCCUAGAAAAUUCCAAUUCACAUCAACCCAGAACUUUCCAUUGAGUUCAUCUGGACCUUCCCUCUUUUAGAAAAGGAAGAAUCUGUGUCCUUUUGUUCUGUUAGUCAUUACAGGUUAUAAUGGAGACAGUGACAGAAACCUUAGACAAUUGCCAGAGCCUCCAUGGAAGCUGGUGGAUCCUUUGCCUGCUCGCAGGUGUAAGCAGUACUCAGAUAGGAGGAAGCAGGGAUGUGUGCGCUUGUGGGCACCAUGUUUACAUUUGGGGUGAGUGAUGGCAGAUGAAUAAAAUGAGACCACUAAAAUAUUUCAUUUUUUAUAUAUCAGGUACUCAUUGUCUUGAUUUGAAAGUUCAGAAUAACAUGACUCCUAAAGCAUCUCUUCUCAAUAAGAGCAGUGGAAGAGAUGGUGGGGAAAUCACUUGACUUCACCUGCUAGUCCCGUUGUAAGGGCACAUGAGGUCGCCCUCCAGAUAGUGUUAGGCCUUAUCUAACUCCGAGCAGUCACUUGGCGCACUUUCAUAAUCUGGCCACCCCAGAUUGUAGCUUAGAUACUUCAUGGUAUCUGCCCUUAUGAUCAGUUGAAUGAUCAGUGUUUACGUCUAGAAUAGUGCUUUCCUGAAAAAUGUUUAUAUUACAUUGCUCUUUCCUUAUUGCCUGCUAGCCAAAUGGAAUUUGGGUCAGCAACUGUUUGAAUCCUAUUUUUCCUUAAUAACCUUUUCCCUAAAACUCUUAACUGUAAAUAAGCAGUCGAAGCAAGUUACCACCUUGAAGUUAAAAGGAGGGGUAUGUUUUGCUUCAUCAGUAUUAUAAACCAUGGUACUCUUUAUUUUGUCUUUUAAAGAAUUCAAUGUUCUAAGUGUGGUACUUUGAACUUUGGAGUAUUUACAUUUGUUCCUGUUUAAAACUGUGACUUAUUAGAAAGUCUAGCUAGUAGAGUUUUUUUGUUUGUCUCCCUGGGCAUAAGCUAUAUUUCAAAAUACAUUUGCCAAUUACAUUAUUGUUGAGUAACUGGUUUUAAUUGUUUUUAGGAAAAAAAAUUUUUUUAAAGAUCCUUGGCACACAGAGUUGUCCCAUAAAUAACUAUGACUGAAAAACAUGUUUCUGACUGACUUGUAAAAAUGAGUGGUUGUCAUCAGCACUGGGCUGCAUCUUGCUACACUAACAUUUAGAAGAGUCCUUUAAAUCCUAUGAACUUGUAGGUCCAUAGACUAUACUGAUUUAUAAAUAUUAAGGAAUUUAUGUAUUUAAUAAAUUUCUCAUGAAUUUCAUAUUAAAAUUCCUGUUAAGAUUCUCUAAAAUGUCUAUCUGAAAAAGACACAAACAUUGCCAGAUACCACUAAUUUCUCUUCAGUGGUGUUUUAAUCUUCUACUUAUUUUUUGUUUUGUUUUGUUUUCAAAAUAAAUAUUCCUAACAUUUCUAAUAUCAAAUCCCCAGUUAUUAUUUUUUAAUCCCAGAGUCAAAGGGACCAAGGCUGUGUGCAUGCAUAGCUCUCUGUAUUUGAGAGUUUAGUUAUUUUAUUCACAUGACACUUCUAAAUAGCCCAGCAGACUGGAACUAGUCAGCUUGGCACAGUCUAAAAAGAGAAAUGUGAUGUUAAAUUAAUUUUCUUUGAAAGUCUUGCAAUAAGGGAUCAUACAGGAUGCUAAGGCAGUCAGGGCCCUUCCAGAAGCCUUGCUCUUGUGCUGUUGCUGUGAGCAUCAGUCUGACACUUGAUCUGCUUGCUCUGCUUUUACAAAGCAUCUGAAAGCAGUACCUGGCGCUCACCUCUGCCUCAGGUCUGGAGAUCCUAGGAAGGGCAGAAAGAAUAGGUGAAACUCCUGCCGCAAGCACUCACUCUCAUUCCUGGUGUAGCUAUUUCUGUCACUUGAAAUUAUGGUGAUCUGUUGCAUGUUUUGUUUUAGUUUUGUUGAGCUUUGUUUUUAAUAUUCAUUUAAUAUGAUAGUGGGCAAUAGCAAAGGAUUUUAGUCCCAGGAAUAUAAUUUAUCAAAUCAAACUAUUUUAUUUGCCAAAGAAAUACAUUUUUAAUAUCACGGGUAAUGGUUAAAUAACAAAACUAGGCUUUUUUAAAAUUUUACAAAAGUGAUGAAUGGUGUGGCUUUUGUAACAUGUUGCUGAAGCUUGAUUUAAUUCUUUUCCUAGAGGAUCUCAUUUGAGUCAGGUUUUGAAAAAUGGAUUUUUUUAAGUGACUGCACCUUUGAAUUUGCUUUAAAUACUGUUGUACAUCCUAUAAAGACAGAACUCUGCAUAGCUUUUUAGGUGUUCUUACAGUAUGUGACAAAUACAGACUCAUUCUAGAGUUAAAUUACCUACCCAUCUUGAUUGAUAUUAUCUGCUUCCAUUUUAACUUGGGAAUUAGAAUUAAUAUGUUGCUAGUGAAUAUUGGUUUUUACAGUGUCUACUUUAAAAAUGUAAGUUAUCAAAACCUAAUAUAGUGAACUUGUGUAACCAUGUUGUAUUGUUGAGAAUGUAUUUUUAUUUAAAUUUUAUUUUCUUAUUGAGAGUAUUAUUAAAAAAAAAACUUUUGUAACUGUCGCUUGAA